AUGGAGAAUGCAAGAGGCAAAGAGUGGAAUUCAACAGAGAAGUCGUGGGAAGAAUACGGGAAUCCCAAAUCCAAACGGGUGUCAGUAGAAACUGAAGAGGAACAUUGGACCUCGAGUCAACCAGGCACAUCUGCUUUACCAAGAACCUCAGCAAAGGAGACCAAACAAAAGAAAUCUGUGAACGGUGACAACGCUUCCUGUCUAAAGGAAAAGGCACAAUGCAAUGAAAACCUAAAGCCUCGGAAGAAGAUACCAAUUCCUCCCUUACCCUCUCAACUGCCUCCAAUCAACCUGCUUCACAGAGAUGUUGUGCGGGCCUGGUGCGGACAGUUAAAACUAAGCACCAAAGGCCAGAAAUUAGAGGUAUAUAAGCGACUCUGUGAAUAUGCUUACCCAAACCAGAAGAAUAUUCCUACCACAGCAAAAGAAGCCAGGAUGCAAGGAAAAUCAAAGAGGAAUAUGGGGGAAAUGUUCCUGGAAAGUUCUGAGAAAAGGACCUAUUCUGAGGAGACUGAUCCCCCUGAAAUGGCUCCUCCACCUGGGGAGGGACUGUCUACCCUAGGAGAGUCUGCUGCUCUCCUUGAGGGAAUUAAUCCAGUUGUGGUGACAACUACUGCCCCGGAGGCUGUGUUGGCCUCCUGGGCCAGAGUAGCAGCCAGGGCCGGCAAGAUGGACGCAGUGGAAUCAGAGGUCGUGGAAACGCCACCAGAGACUGAAGGUGUCAGGUGGUGCGUGGUCCAUGGGAGAAGUCUCCCUGCAAGCACAAAUGGUUGGGUUCGCCUGCAGUUUCAUGCUGGACAAGUCUGGGUUCCUGAAAAGAAAACAGGGAGAGUGAGUGCACUCUUCUUGCUUCCUGCCUGCAACUUUCCACCCCCACACAUGGAGGACAAUAUGUUGUGCCCCACGUGUGUUCACAGGAACAAGGUCUUAAUAAAAAGCCUCCAAUGA